UUGUCAAACUGUCACAAGGAAAAGUGUUCAAAUUUGCGCGUUCGUGCCGGCAACUUGUGCUCUGAACCUCUGAAGACCAUGGCAGCCUUUCCGAAUUUGCCCCAAUCGGGAGAAAUAUCGAUUUGCGAGCGGAAUGGCCGAAUUUGCACCCUGCCAAUCACCGAGGUCGAUGCUUCCAGUGCGGGAAACGAACUCUCAACGUACCCGGAGAUAAACAUCGGCCGCGAGCUGUUCCAUCACCAUGCGUCGAUGCAGGUCCGUGAAGACCGUCGGACGCUGAUGGUGCCGGUGAAUGAAACGUUGGUGAAGCGCAUAACUCGGACAUUUUUCGAAGAAGGUCCCGUUGAGGCACUGCAGGAAGCGGCAUGCGAGGACAAUGGUCAAUACAACGCCAUCGUAGGGUCGCUGGCGCGUUACUUGUUGGUGCUUAUCGGUUGUGGAAAUCGUGUAAAGUAUUUCCUGAAGCCACAUCUCAAAGGACAGCAGGGCGUCGAUUCCAUCGGCAAGUAUACGCAAACUAAAGAAUGGCACAAGAGUUCGAUCCGUUACAUCCGUUGGCAUCCAAACUGUUUUAAGAUUGCGAUUGCCGCUUCGGACGAUAGUAUCAGGAUUUACAGCGAUGAACCUACCAUUGUGCCGAUAUUGAAGAGUGGCCUUCAAAAAUCCAUCAGCUCCAUGGCGUGGCGAAAUCUCACCUCGGGAGAGUUGGCCGUUGGAUGCCAGAAUGGUGCGCUCAUCUGGAGUGUUGAUCCAAACAGCUUGAUAACGCGGCCACUUUCACAAGCGGUGCAGCUAAAGCACGGCAAUCACUUUCCGGUCACGUCUGUCGAGUGGAGUCCCAACGGGUGUUUGUUGGCGACGGCCAGCAUCAACGAUUCGGACGUUCUCAUCUGGGACGUUGACCAAAGCAAGCAGGUUCCCUUGCGCCGAGUUGGGCCACCGUGUGCACUUUUGAAAUGGUCCCCGACCGGAUCCAAACUUUGCUCGACAACGGUGGGCGGCGUUUUCCGGGUUUGGCAGACUAACAAAUGGUCACCCGACCGUUGGACCGUUAAUCAAGGCACGAUUCAAUCGGUAGUGUGGUCCCGUUCCGACUCCCAUCUUCUGUUUGUUACGUCGGAGGACUCGUUCCUGUACUGUUUGGGAUUCGUGGAGGAUGAAGUUUUCACCUCGACGCUGGUGCCAAAGUCCGCAAUUCCGAUUGCCGACCUGUCCAAGAUCGCCAUUGGCCAAGCUGAAGUGGGUGGCCGUCCGCAGGCCCUGGCGUGGUGUCCUCAAAGCGAAUAUCUUGCCGUCACCUUCAAGGACACGUCUGCUAUCGCGAUCUUCAAUACCGUAAUCAACCGCAGCCAGAUUAGCAUUACACCUUCUUGCUUUCUCACCGGGAUUGGGAUCGAAAGUGCCUCGUGUAUCUGCUUCCAGGAACAUCAAGGUCGUAGAUCUAGCGAAAAAUUAAAAACCGUGCUGACAAUUGGCUGGUCAAGCGGUCGGGUUCAAUAUUUCCCCUUUAUCUGAAGGAUUUAUUUUCUAUUGAUUGUAAAAAAAAACGUUUUCUUUGACUUGUUCUUCAUUUUGCAUUUAAUAAACAGAUUUAAAAUA